AUGAUAGAUGGGAAUUCAAAGAAAAGCAAGCUUUCAUGGCCCAAGACUCUGGUCAAGAAGUGGCUCAACAUCAAGAGCAAAGCUGAGGAUUUUCACGCAGACGACGUCGUUUAUGAAGGUGGUGAUGAAGAGUGGAGGAACACUUAUUCAGAGAGGGAAGCAUGCACAAUCAAGAAAAGCAAAACAGAAAGGUUAAGCAAGAGGCACUCUGAUAAAGUCCGGCGAGGUAAGAUUGACAUGGACGCGUCACAGGUUACAGAUGUACACAAUUAUAGGAUAUUUGUAGCUACAUGGAAUGUGGCCGGAAAAUCUCCACCGAGUUGUUUGAAUCUAGAAGAUUGGCUUCAUACCUCUCCUCCUGCCGACAUAUAUGUUCUAGGGUUUCAAGAAAUAGUUCCUUUGAAUGCUGGCAAUGUUUUGGGGACAGAAGACAAUGCCCCAGCUAAAAAAUGGCUAGCUCUUAUAAGGAAGACUCUAAAUAGUCUUCCUGGUGCAAGUUGUGGUUUUCAUACACCUUCCCCAGUUCCUGAUCCAAUUGUGGAGUUGGAUUCAGACUUUGAGGGAUCAACAAGGCAGAAAACCUCAUCCUUCUUCCACCGUCGGUCCUUUCAAUCCUUGAGCCGCAGCAUGAGAAUGGAGAAUGACAUGUCAAUGCGGCAACCCCAGCUUGAUCGACGGUACAGUGUUUGUGACCGAGUUAUGUUUGGGAAUAGACCAAGUGACUAUGACCCUAACAUAAGAUGGGGUUCCUCUGAUGAUGAGAAUGGACCUGGUGAUUCACCUGUUGUCACACAGUAUUCACCGAUGUCCAAUAGUGGAUCAUUUUCGAUGGAGGAUAGAGAAAGACAGCAAGGGAACUCGAGGUACUGCUUGGUUGCCAGCAAGCAAAUGGUUGGGAUUUUCUUAACAGUGUGGGUUAAAAGUGAUCUUAGAGAUGAUGUUCGUAAUAUGAAGGUGUCAUGUGUUGGCAGAGGAUUGAUGGGCUAUCUUGGAAAUAAGGGUUCAAUUUCAAUUAGCAUGUCUUUGCACCAAACAAGCCUCUGCUUCAUCUGUAGUCACCUGACCUCUGGGCAGAAGGACGGAGAUGAACUUCGAAGAAACUCUGAUGUCUUGGAGAUCCUUAGGAAGACAAGGUUUCCCAGGGUUAAUGGAAUGGGAGAUGAAAACUCUCCUCAGACUAUACUAGAGCAUGAUCGAAUCAUUUGGCUUGGGGAUUUGAAUUAUCGCAUUGCCCUUUCUUACCGCUCUGCAAAAGCUCUUGUUGAGAUGCACAACUGGAGGGCAUUGUUAGAAAAUGACCAGCUAAGCAUAGAGCAAAGACGAGGACGUGUCUUUGAGGGAUGGAGUGAAGGGAAGAUAUAUUUCCCUCCAACAUAUAAGUAUUUGAACAAUUCAGAUAGGUAUGCCGGUGAUGAUAGGCACAACAAGGAGAAGCGAAGAACUCCAGCAUGGUGUGAUCGUAUACUAUGGCACGGAAGAGGCCUCCAUCAAUUGUCCUAUGUCCGUGGAGAGUCAAGGUUCUCAGAUCACAGGCCAGUUUACAGCGUAUUUCUGGCAGAGGUAGAGUCCAUUAACCGUAGCCGAAUCAAGAAAAGCAUGAGCUGUUCCAGUUCCAGGAUUGAGGUGGAGGAGUUGUUGCCACACUCAUGUGGAUACUCCCAACUCCAUUUAUAUUGA